AAGUAGCCCCAUUCAUUGGCCUGCAAACUAGCAGACUUUUAUUGUUCGCAUUUCUCUCUCCGUAAAAAUAUCGCUUAGCAGCACAAGGAAAAGCUUCAGGCGAUAUGGCAGGAGGCAAAGCUGGAAAGGACAGCGGCAAAGCCAAGACAAAGGCUGUUUCUCGCUCUCAAAGGGCUGGUCUCCAGUUCCCAGUGGGGCGUAUCCAUAGGCACUUGAAGACUCGCACAACCAGCCAUGGCAGAGUAGGAGCCACAGCUGCCGUUUACAGUGCUGCCAUCCUGGAGUACCUCACCGCUGAGGUGUUGGAGUUGGCAGGGAAUGCCUCCAAGGACUUGAAGGUGAAGCGCAUCACUCCACGUCAUUUACAGUUGGCUAUCCGUGGGGAUGAGGAGUUGGACUCCCUCAUCAAGGCUACCAUCGCAGGCGGAGGUGUGAUCCCUCACAUCCACAAGUCUCUGAUUGGAAAGAAGGGCCAGCAGAAAACGGCUUAAAAGAAGUGACCUUAACCAUCAGGAAGGAAUGGGCAGCCAUGUUUUUGUUUGCCGUUUCAGUUUUUGGUUAAUUUUCUCUGAUGGCUCUAGGAUUUUCUGGAGAUGUGUAGUGUCUUGACUUAUACAUUCAUUUAUACUGUUGCAAAUGGGUAAAUGUUUUGGGUUUUUGCGAUGACAAGUAACGUGUACAUUUUGUACAUAUACCAACAAACGGCAAUUGGAAGUUCUUGUCAUUUUGGGAGGAGUUGUGUUAAGUGGACUUUGUUCCGAGUGUUUUAUACCUAAAGAUGUUCAUCUUUUUAAAAAAUAAAUUUAAAAAAAUUGA